UCCUUCACGUUAAUCUGCUUCACGCGUCGUUGGUGUCGGUAAACCACUCCGGCGAGGACAUGGUGUGAUCCGUCCGCCACUAGAGGAAAAGCUCGGCUGCUUCCCGGAGACCCUAACGGGACGGAUCGUGACUAAAGAGCGGCUGUCUUAUCGAGCAUGACGAGGCGGUAUAAGCAGGUCGUCCGGGCCGAGAGAUGAUCUCAGCGUGGCACAGAACAAGGCCUUGAGAGGGAAGAAUGGGCCGGAGCGUCUGGAGCUGCUGGCAAAGUGUGCUCUCCACCGCGGUGCUCUACGGCUCGUUGGCCCUGUUUACGUCCAUCCUCCACAACGUGUUCCUGCUGUACUACGUGGAGACGUUUGUGUCCAUCUACAAGAUCGAUAAAGUCUCCUUCUGGGUGGGAGAGACUAUUUUCCUCAUCUGGAACAGUCUGAACGAUCCUCUCUUCGGAUGGCUAAGUGAUCGCUCCUUCCUCAGCUCUCCUCAGUCAGGUUCUCAGAUCACGUCUCCAGAGGUGGUGCUGAAGCGCCUGAAGGCCCUCUCCACAAAUGGCCCUCUCUUCGCUCUGUCCUUCCUGGCCUUCUGGGUGGCGUGGGCCCGUCCGGGCCUGCAGUUCCUGCUCUGCCUGUGUCUGUACGACGGCUUCCUCACCAUGGUGGACCUCCACCACAGCGCCCUGCUGGCCGACCUCGCCGUGUCCGCCGCCGACCGCACGCGCCUCAACUUCCACUGCUCGGUGUUCAGCGCUCUGGGAUCCCUCUCCGUUUUCCUCUCCUACGCCGUCUGGGACAAGGAAAACUUCUACUCGUUCCGUCUCUUCUGCCUGACUCUGGCGGCGUUUUCCAUCCUGGGUUUUUUCUUCGUGUCUCGGCUGCUGCUGCGUCGCUUCAACAAGGAAGUCCGACCAAAACAAGACGAGGCGUCCGCUCUAAAAGAGCUGAGCGUUGGCCAUGCUCCGUUUACCCAGCCAGAGAAACCCGUCACGAUUGGACAAUACCUGAAGCAGCUGUCCAAACACAAGAACUUCAUGUGGUUCGUGUCAAUGAACCUAAUUCAGGUGUUUCACUGCCACUUCAACAGCAACUUCUUUCCUCUGUUCCUCGAACAUCUCUUGUCUGAUAAAAUCUCUGCCUCUGCGGGUUCAGUUUUACUGGGGAUUUCUUACGUUGCCCCUCACCUGAACAACCUGUAUUUCCUGACACUGUGCCAAAACUAUGGGGUUUACCAGGUCAUCCGCUGGCUGUUCAUGCUCAAGCUGGGACUUAGUGUGGUCAUGCUGCUUGCAGGGGCCGACCACAUUUAUCUGCUGUGCAUCUUCAUCGCUAGUAACCGGGUGUUCACAGAGGGCACCUGUAAGCUGCUGAAACUGGUGGUUUCUGACCUGGUCGACGAGGACUUUGUGGUGAACCGACGUCAGCAGGCUGCCUCCGCGCUCCUCUUUGGGAUGGUUGCCUUGUUGACCAAACCGGGUCAGACUUUCGCUCCUCUCAUCGGCACCUGGCUGCUCUGCGUUUACACCGGUUAUGAUAUUUUUCAGAGGGAGCCCACGAAGGACUCGGUUCUGGUGUCUGACACGGCCUCCAGCUCAGGGACUCCUCCUCUCCGCCUGGGCUGUUUCUACAUGUUGGUUUUCGUGCCGAUCACCUGCGCCCUGCUCCAGCUGGCCGCCUGGUCCCGCUUCACGCUUCACGGCCGAAAGCUGCAGGGAAUCAAGACCCAACGGCAGGGGGCCCAGCAUGGCCACCUCAUCGACGUCAAAGCCAUCUGAACCGGAAGAAAGCCGCACAAAGACACUUUCGGGUCACGGUUUAAAUGUCUUCAAACGAGGCAGGAAGCGGCUGUCUUUGCUCUGCAGCCUCGUUGCACAAACUGGUCUUGGUUUGGUGUAGAGAUCAACGC